UUCGAUAGCAAUAUCUUGAUCUCUUCUAAGCUGAUGAUCAUGUAUGACCAAGAUCCCGAUGUUCUUCGAUGGGGUCUUCAUCUUCUUCAAGGUGAUUUCUUAAAUAGUGCAUAUGGCGAGGGAACAAUUCGCAGUGAUGCCAACAUUUACCAAGCGGCGUACAGCACUCAAUGCAAUGUUGCUCUUGAUUGCUCUAAUUUUGAAAAUGAUGAAAUUAUUGCUCAUGCUCUUCAAGAAGAACUUUCACAAGUCGCUCUUGCUGAAGCACGCGGAACAUCUCCUGCAGGCGAAGAACAUCUGCAAGCAUCUGUUCUUGCUCAAGCUUGGCUUGGUCCGGCGGCGAGAGAUUCAACUUCAGAAAAUGAGGAUCUCCUUAUUGAAAAUGACGACGUGCUUGAAGGGUUCAAUGGGGCCGAACUCUCUUCUGCAUCUUCUAGCCAAGUUGAGAAUAUACCUGAAGGUCAAAGAUGGUCAUUGGAACUUACAGAUGAUUUCUCUUCUUUAGAUGGUGAAGUAGGGAAAAGAUUGGAUAAAAUUGUUCCCAUUCCUCAUGUUCCGAGAAUUAAUGGAGAUAUUCCUUCUGUUGAUGAAGCUACAUCUGACCAUGAAAGGCUUCUUGAGAGGUUGAAGCUGUAUGAAUUGGCCGAACUUAAGGUUCAAGGAGAUGGGAACUGUCAGUUUCGUUCACUAUCUGAUCAAUUCUAUCGAACUACUGAACAUCAUAAGUUUGUAAGACAACAAGUUGUUGACCAGCUCAAAUCCCACCCUGAUGUCUACGAAGGAUAUGUUCCCAUGGCUUAUGAUGAAUAUUUGAGAAAAAUAUCCAAAAGUGGUGAGUGGGGCGACCAUGUGACCUUGCAAGCUGCUGCGGAUUCGUUAUUUUCUUGAGUUUUUGGGCUGAGGUGCACUACAACUCCAUUUAUCCUGAAGGAGAGCUACCUGUUCCUGAAACCAAGAGGAAGAAAAGUUGGUGGCAUUUUGGACACAAACAUUAAACUUAUUUGCAAUUUCUUCCAAAAGGCUCCUACUUUUUAUUGCAGAACCCUUCUUUGUAGAACCGGUGAGCUCCAGAGG